UUUCCACGUCAAUAUUAUAUGAACUUUUGACCGCUGGAGAAAAGUCGAGCUUCGACGGAAGUCACGGGACUUGCAAGUCGUGUGAGAAGUCUCAUUGUGACGCUAAACUGGAUUUAGCGCUAGCGUCACGGGUUCUGGGAACGAGGGACGUCGACGGUCAUUUCGGCUUCAACCCGCCAGAACAACGUCUUCCUAGCAAGCUACUGCCCACAUUCUUUCUCUACCAUUGCUCAAUUCUGUCCCGCGCAAAAUGGGUGGAGGUGGCAAGAUCCCGUAUCCCAAGGAAGUCUGGUCUCCCGCUGGAGGCUGGUACGCUCAGCCCGCGAACUGGAGGGCCAACACUGCUAUCAUUGGAGCUUUCGUCAUCGGUGUUGCUGCCGUGACAUGGAGCAUCAGUGCCGACCGGGAACGCCGUGACAGGAUGCCAGAACCUGGCAGAUUCUUCCCCAGUCGCUACUGGAGCAAACAGAUAAUCGAGCAUGAGAGACAGCAGGCCGCGAAGCACGAGUCGUAAAGGGGGAGCACGGGCUACAGAUGACACCCUUUGGAAGAUUUAUAUGGCACGAUAGGUAUUUAUUUCAUAUUAUUGUGGGCUGUACGACAAAAAGAAGGGCGUUUUUCAAUCGGUCAAUUGAUCUGCAAGUGCUUCUGGGGAGUCUUUUCGAAUGUCCGAUACAAUCGCUGCGUGUACAGACGGACCCGUUCCGUGAAUUCAGUUCCGUUCCAAAGUUCCU